AUGCAUCCUCAAUUGACCAUCCUCUUGGGCUCGCUCCACCUCGUCCUCGCACAAGAUGGACCAACCAUCAACACCCCUAUGUCGGUUGUCCAAUGUCUGCCCACGCAGUUGACCUUCGGCGGCGGUGUUCCUCCGUACACGCUCUCAGCCCUCCCUGCUGGUCAACCCGGCGCAACCCCUCUUGCCGAAUUGGGCUCCCAAUCCGGUACGAGCUUCACCUGGGUCACUAACUUGCCCGGCGGUACCGCGACUACCCUCCAGAUUCGUGAUUCCAAGGGAGUCAUCAACUACACCCAGGCUAUCACCGUCCAGGCCAGCAGUGACAGCAAAUGCUUGAACGGUGGUGGUGGCGGUGCUGGUGCUGGUGCUGGUGGAACCCCAUCCCCCAACCCCUCAGGCCCACCCAACUCAACCGGCAGUGGUACUCCGGGUGGAUCGACUUCGACCACCCCUGCGAACCCCCCGCCCAAGGGCGGCAACACCCCGGGAGGUGCCCAGCCCAACGCCACUACGCCAGCCACCACGCCCAACACGACCUCUGCCGCCGCUGGCUCGACUAACACCACCAAGGGCCCUUCCCCCUUCGUCCCCCCCUCCACCACCCCCUCCUCCACCACCCCGGUCCCCACCACCCCGAACAACGCUGCUAGCAACGCCCCUGCUAAUGCUGCGUCCUCCGUCUCUGGCUUCAGCCAACAGUCUUGCCUGGCUGGCCUUGCCAUUGCCGCCGCGGUCUCCGCCGUCUUUGCCUAA